UACUUAAACAGAAAAAUCAAGCAGUGUCCAUACAAAUUCAUGGACAAGACUGAUCAGCCUCAAACUAUUCCAGUUGCCUUUGCCUCUAGAGGCACAAUUGGUGGUAAUGGGUAUGAAAAUUGGGCACUUCUAAGACUUCUUCCCCUCAUGAUUGGAUUUGAUAUCCCAGAGAACGAUCCAUCAUGGGAGAUUUUAAUGCUUUUGAAAGACAUUUUGGAACUGGUGACGUCCUUCAGAUUCACUGUGGAAACUAUUGAUUUCCUUGCGGAUAAAAUUUCAGAGCACAGAGGUUUGCUUUUAACAGCAUUUCCUCAUUUUGCAUUGCGUCCCAAACACCAUUACAUUGAACAUUACCCACAACUUAUACGAAUGUAUGGGCCUUUAAGAGAUGUCUGGACAAUGCGUUUUGAAGGCAAACUUAAGUUCUUCAAGCAAAUCAUUCGUGACACAAAGAAUUUCAAAAAUGUCCCUCAAACUCUGGCAGUCCGGCAUCAAAGAAUGAUGGCGUACCACAUGGAUUCAUUUUCUUUUUUCAAACCUUCUGUUCAGAUGGAAAAAGUUGCAGUUACACCGAUUUCAUCUUUUCCUGAGAAUGUUCAGAAUGUUCUUCAGAACAACUUUGGUGCUCAAAGCACUGUCCUUGUUACAUCCUCAGUAUGCAUUGAUGGCAUUAAGUACUGUCCAGAUGUAGUCGUUUCUGUUGGCUCCUGUUCAGGUCUUCCUGAUUUCAGGCAAAUUGUUAAAAUUGUAGUCAUCAACACAGAAGUUUUGUUUGUGUGCAAAGAGCAGACAGCGUGGUACACCGAGCAUCUGCGUUCCUAUGAAUUGUCCAGCCAUGUACCACUUAUGUCAGUCAUUAAGCUGUCUGAUUUGAAUGACUUGUUUCCACUGCCAACCUACAAAAUACAGGGCAGGACAUUUGUUACAAUUAAACAUUUCAUCUUGUGCUGAAUAUUGUCUUGGGUCUAAUACUGAAAAUUGUGGAACGUGUCAAUCAUUUUUCUCAAAUUAUUUUUAGGUCCACAUGACAAUGGAGAUGAGAACUGUUUUAAGAGUUAUUGUGACUGACCAUGACAUUCACAAGGUCACGCUUCCUAGCAAACCACAAACCCUGGACUCCCUGAUUGAACAGCUUGGGCAGCAUCUUGAUCUUCCAUACACGUUCUCUCUUCAGUAUGAAGACGCUGAUUUUAACAAUGCACUUGUUAACCUUACUGACAUUGCAGAUUUACCUGAAAAGCCGACUUUGAAGGUAAUCUCUCUCGUGACAUCACCUACACCAGGCCAGGCCGACACCGACAUUAUUUCUGUUACCUCUCAAGAAGAGUCACCUCUUACACGCCAGGAUCCAUGGCCAGAAACAUUUGAAAUUCCCAGCUUUUCCGUGGAUGUGGAAUAUAGACUGCGCCAGGGAAACCUCUUGUUUAUGAGAGAUAAGACAUACUUGAAAGUUCCCAGGGACAUGAAACAUGAAGUGCUUGAAAAGCUUGCUGAGGCUAUGUACAAAUUUAAAGCAUAUCCCCGUGAAGUAGAUUUCAAUGAUGUUGCAUCGGCACUUGUCAAAAAACAUCCAUGCCUUUUUGAACCAGGCUCCUCCACUGGAUGGAACGGAUGGAAAAACAGUAUAAAGUUUAAAAUGGGUAAUUACAGGAGCAAACUACGGAGAGCUGGAUGCACCGAUGUUCUUGUUAAUUCAAUGAAAAGAGGGAGCCAAGAUUCUCCAAGAAAUGUCAAGAAACCCAAACGAUUCGAGAUCAAUUUUCUACCCAAUAUGCCUUCUGGUGAAAGUGAAAGCAGCAUGGAAUCAAAACGAUUAGAAAUUGUGGAGGAGAUGAAGAAACGACAUCCGAGUUCUACACUGAUAGCACAGUACAUGGACACAACCUUUUCGCUAAGAAGAAAAGAGUUGGUUGAAAAGGAGCCUUCAGUAAAAGAGACUUUAGAAAGAUGGCCAGCACUCUUCAGGGAAAGUCAGAUUAUUGCAGAGUUCAACUGGAUCACAAUUAAAAACCUCAAGCAAGAAUUCUUCUCAGCCCUAGAUACACAUACUUCUCGGUUUCUGGAAGUUUUCAAAUCAAAGAAAGGCACAGCUGGAAAAAAGCUCUCGGAGUAUCUAAUGCAAAUGAAGUCUGCAGUAAGAACAUCACAGAUGUCACUGCUCGACGGACAACAGUUCUCCGUGGUCUUGCUGUCCUUCUUGGGGAAGACACUACAGACUUCUUCAAAACAUGCUUUGACUGUGAUAUUGUUGCACCUCAAGUAUCGAUAGGAAUUCUCACUGUGGUGCCAGAGGACAGCCUGAUGUCUCCACAAGGUUUGCCAUUGGAGGUCACUGAUACAGCAAUAAUCUUGGAGGGUGUUAUAGCAAUGGAUGGACUUGAGAAUGUUCCACAUGCCAUGUGUCUUGUUUUUGGGCUGAUCUAUGCUUUAAACAUGGAGUACCCUUCACAGCUUAAAAACACUUUUGAGUUCAUUCAAAGGGUUUUUCUUUCCCUGGGGCACAAAUCUCUCAAACCAAAACUGCAAUCACUAAAAAAACUUACUGUUUUAAUGUGCUUUUGUGUUUCUGAUGGCAGAAACAAGACCAUGUUACUGUAGGUCUGUUGUUGCAUUUUUUUAUUUUUUGAGUUUUAAUCAGUCACCUGCCAACCUGGAUACAAAACCAAAACUGAUUCAACUAAAAGCUUUGUAGUCAAGAAUUUGUCCAAUAUGUUUUUAAUA